GCGAGACAAAUAUCUACCGUAGAGGCAGCCGGCGUUGAUUCCGCAACCGACGAUCCCAAGGUCAUCGCUGAAAACACGAACGACGAAACCGAAGAGAGUUCAUCGCCACGAGGAAAUGUGAGAGGUGGGAAUCAAAGCCGUGGAGAUGAGAAUCUGAAUGAAGUGAAAGAGAGCGGAGUCGGAGACAAUACAGCCACAAUGGAUCCCCACCUUCAGAAGGUGGUUGGUGAACUGGAGGCUGUAGAGGCAGCUGCAGAGGAUGUCCUGACUGAUAAACAACAGAUCGUGGACCUGUCACGAAAGCAAAGUGGUUUGCGUGAAGCAUCUCGCGCGGUCAGCUCACUCAUCAAAUCACGCGGCGAGUGCAAAACCUGGGUGGCUGCCGGCAACACCUUUAUCAAGCUGCCCGCUUCGAAGGUGAAGAGUCUUCUUGAAGACGACCAGCUGGAGCUGGACAAAGAGAUCACCGGUCUGCGGGAUGGACUGCGCGGCAAGGUGAACCGCCUCAACGACCUGGAGGGCCGCCCCGACGUGGUCGGCUUCGGCCUGAAGCCGCUGAGCCGCGCCGAGACGGCCGCAGUGCGCCAGGUGCUCGGCGAUAGGUCGUGACGUCAGCUCGGUCAGCGGCACCGACCGCGUCAUUUAAUGAAUGGUUCCAGAUACAGCGUUAAGACUGACGCUGUGAAUGCUCCAUUCCCAACGGAUGGUGUGAGAUGCGCUUGCAACACGAUUUGUGUUUUUGUACUCGCCGGUUUGUGGCGCAUGGAUGGAUUGUCUGACGCCAUAGAGACCCAGGAUAGCACGGGGUUCACAACUCUGCUAGCUUCUUGGUAUUGUCGGCGUAUAUUUUGGAUUCUGUGAUAUAUUGUUAUAUGCUCAUGCUGGCCUAGUGAAGUGCAUGAUCUGCUUGGCAGGCGUGAAUUACCUCGUCAGUUGGACGUUGCUGUACAGAUGCACUUUGGAUG